AGGGAUUUGGAAGAUGAAGUCACUCCAAGUGUUAUGAGGACAUCAGCAGAAAACUAACAUUUGGACUCAAGACAUCUUGCAGCAGGAUCAAGCUCAGACGGAUGUAAUGGUGUGGAAACGCACUCUCGAGUUAUCAGACUUUUGAGUCAGCCAAACAAAGGAUGGGUAGACGAGCCGCCGACCUGACAACUCCGGUUCCAGUUUUAGGCGUCCCUGCCCUGGUUGGAGUGCGCGGUUGGAGGACGACAGGAGGAGACAGAAGCGGAGGAGCCCUGCUGCUGCAGACGUGGGGACCUCAGUGCAGCGUUGGUGUUCAGACGUCCCCAGGGAUCAGCAGACCAUGCGCCCAGCACAGCGUGCAGCUAACUGAUACGCUCUCAACGCCAUCAGAUAGCAUUGCUCAAACAUCCAGCAGCUAUAUAACCAAGGAAACAGAGGAGGUAUUGCUGCUAACAAGGAGUGACAAGGAGAAAAGGGCUAUUUUAAAACAGAAAAGUGGGGAAUCCAAGACCAAAAAGGAAGUGACUUUCAAAGCACUUGGAGGUGAGGUCUCGGAGGAUGUGGCCUGCAGUCAGAGGAGCAGUUGUGGGACUUAUUGCUAUGCCAGGGCAAUCAAGACCAACCCACACUUUGCAGGGAAUGUGACUAAUGUCAGGCCUAAAUUGACCCGCUACACCAACGGCAGCGUGGUUGAUUCAGAUGCAAUUGGUGGAAUAAGCGUUCACAGCGAUGAAGUGGAGCCAGUUAAGAGUGCUUGUGGUAGAGACCAAACUAGACUGCAAGGUCAUUAUGCAGAGCGGUGUGGGAAGACACUGCUGUUAUCAGCCGCCCGACCUUUCGGUGUGACACAAAAAAUAUGCAGCCAUUGCGGCGGCAGACAGUCUGCAGCCACCAGAGUUGCGACAUCAGUGGAGAAAAGCUCUCCUGCUGAGGGGAAACCAUUGAAGUCAGCCCUCACCUCGCUCUCUACUUCCAUGAUGCCCCAUAUUGACAAAAACCUCAAGCCAAGCCAUCAUGACAUCUCAGACAAACACAUUAAUCCCAAACUGUUGUAUUUCAGUGAAGAACUAAAGUAUGGCAAACACCCAGCAUGCCCGGUGCACUCCAGGGGCAAUUUGCUCAAUUUGUCACAGACACAUGCUGCCGGUGAUGCAACAUCCCCUCAACACACAACCAUCCUCCAUGCAAAAACCAUCACUGUCACUCAAGCAACUAUUGAAACAAGACAUGAGGACGCAGGUAUAAAUCCUCUCCCAAAAACAUUACAGGAUGGUAAAAUCCCUCGACCAACAAGUCUAGCGUUGACUCCGCAGAUGGCCAUUGCUACCAAACCAAACAACCCCUAUUCACACACUUAUCCUAAGCAACUCAAAUCAGUACGACACAACUCUAACGUGCCUCAAAGUGUGUUUGUAUCUGUGCACCCUACACCUGAGAAUACUCUGACUGCACCUUCUUAUUCGCACACUAAAGCUGCAGUCAAUACUUGUAAAACAACCACAACGUCAAAUUCGACACUGACGUCCACUGAAAGCCUACCCACCAAAGUUGUUCAACGUGAAAUGCAUGCAGCACAAGUAAACAUAGCAAUGAAUAGCCCGAGAUUGACCCCUAAACGUCCCACAUUGUCACCGGCAGCCAAUGCAUCACAGACCAUUCAUAAAUCAGAAAUAACGGCACAACCUGCACAUGCAAGUUUGCCACGUAUCCCAUGCAAUGCAGGUCAAAUACCACACGCAAUGCCCUCCUCAAAUAGCAAAUCACCAAGUAAAGCGUCUUUGAUGAAUAGUGUUGUCUCGCAGAGCACUUUAACUCGUAACUCUAAUUCACACACAAGCACUAAACAUAAAUCUGUUGCCGCACAAAUUCACUUUAUUCACCGAAAAUCCUCAAAAUCAGAACCGACACUUCAUUUUUCCGCAGCACCUCUAAACACAGCACCAUAUGCAGCAAAGCCCCUAGACUCAAGAGCUAGGUUGCCUCCAAGUGCAGCUCCCAGCUCUGCGUCUCCAUGCAGCAGCGCUCGAUUAAAAAAUAAAGCCCUGAAGAACUCCUCCAUCAACCUGAAAAAUCCACCACCCACAGCCUCCACUUCCUCUUCAUCUACAUUGACAGGAAACCAAAGUAGUGCCUGUGUUUCAGGUACAACUUCACUUCAAUCCACAUCACAAAACAGCAAAGAUCUGAGUCAUAAUGAAGCGCCUCACGUAAAUCAACCUGAGCACAAGCGAGGAACAGACGGGAAAGCUCAAAGUGGUAAUGAGUCUGGUGUGUGCGGCAAUCAGGAAAACAACUCCACGUCAGUUUCUCUUUCUGAGCUGUUAAACGUGUCAAAAACUCACAACAAAGGCAGCGAUGUGAACAUCCACGAUCCCGCCUCAACCAUUAGCCCCUAUACUGAAUCGUAUACUGAUGAAAACAAAUCCAAUGGUAAUCUAAUCAAUGAAUUAGUUGUGCAUGAGUCAAGUGACCAUGAAAAUUCAAAUCUGUCCCAGGUCACCAACCUUCAGAAUCACAUUUCCCUAAUUAAGUCAAGCAGCUCUCGUCUGCAGGGUCACAUAAACACAGAACAACAAAGGCUCGCACAUUAUCAAGGAUACACAGAGACAAAACACGAGGGACACUUUGCCGCAUGCCCACCAGUGAAAACAGCCUCGGAGAUGGAUACAAAUACAGAGCAGUUUGCCUUGGGUGUAUCAGUCAGGCAUGCAAAUAUUCAUCUUAAAUCCAAUGCAGAUAAAAAGACACUUCCAAGCUACUCUGCAAUAGCACAAACAAACUGUGAACCCACUGCUAGUGCAAACCCCGUCACCGAACCUUCAGUCCACCAAAGCUCUGAUACCUCCCCACAGGUACCUAUAAGUCUGGUUCAUUCUUUCACUGCACCAGCCCCUUUCACCAGCGAGCGAGAGCUCUGUAUGCACACAGGCCCUGAAUGUAACUCCACAUUGCCGUCAUCAACAAUGCACUCUGCAUCCCUUCCCCGCCUCCGGUCCUGCGGGGCAGAGGCAAUCGUCAGACCGGAUUCAAAGUUUAGCCCUGCUCCCCCUCAGCUGUGCCCAGAGGACACCAGCCUGGCUCACUCCCACCCAGCUGCUGCAGCCCUGUUGCUGCCUCCUUCCCCACAGUGCUGCAAAUCAGCAGCCCUACAGCAGAGGCUGGAGAGCGUGGAGGCCAGCCUGGCGGCCAACAAGGACAGGAUCACCACUCUGCUUAACAUUAUCCAUGACCUGGAGACAUGCCACACUCCUACCAGCGGUCGGCGAUGCUACAAAACUGGACAGGACCUCAAAAACUGCUCAACCUGCCAGAAGACUGCUUGUAUUGUCUACAGUGUGGAGUACGACUUCAGGCAGCAGGAAAAACGCUUUAUGGAGAUUCUGAAUCGUACAGCAAGAAGAAACAACUCUUUCUCCGUGCACCUAUCCCAGCCCCUGAACUUCAGCCUGCUCAGAAAUGUCAUCAUUAAGAACUUAACAAAGUCAAAGGUGAGGAGCAAAAAGCUGUGCAAGACCCUGUUCAAAUGGCUUCCCAGGAAAAUCCAGCAAGUGUAAACCUCUCAACAAAAUACCUGUGUGCUGUUUAAUAGCCAUAAGCCUGUGUUACAAGUGACCAGCAGACGCCUUUGCAGGCGUCUCACCUCUCACCCACAGAAAGAGAUUACUCUGAAUUAAGCUCUCACCCAGCAGAGUUCCUCUCUCCUGCACAUUGUCAAAGCUUACAAACAUGAUUUUGUAUUUAAAUUUGCUCCUGAUCUUUAUGACCUUCAGCUGCUAUCAUCUGUAACGGAUUCUUUAUGUCACAUUUGAAAGGUAAUGUUAUUUUGUUGUCAAUAUGCCUGCUGAAAAUAUAAGGCAGAUUUUUUUUAUCUUAUAUUCCAUAGGAGAUUCUGUUGCACUGUUAUGAUUAAUGAGUUUCAGGUGUUACAUUUCCUCAAUUGUUCCCCUAAACCUGCUUCUCCCAACACUAAAUGUGCAGUAUAAAACAUGUUUUUGAACGGAAUUAUUUUGAAAUGCAAAAAUAAAUCAGAAUUUCCUGAU